AAUCUAUGAAUGGAAUCUUGGGGGAACCUGUCUGCAAAUCAAGGUGUCUUUUAGUACCAGUUUCACUGAUUGUGCUACAGUGAAGAGUUUACAGAUGCUUUCCCAAAGGUUCUACUGUGAACAUAAAGACAACAUCAUGUGUAUUCAGACAAUGUUUCCCUCUAGUGGCUAAAAUGUCCAAACAUCACAGAAAGAUGAUUUUGUAAUAGUAUUCACAUUUAAAUUGGCAGUAUUGGAUGGCACAAUAACAACAAUAUCAACCUGCCUAAAAUGUGGACAGUUAUCACUCAGGACAGUUUGAAUUCUACACUGCAGUUAAAAGUUUGAAAUUACCGUGUCUAACAGCAGAUUAUAGAUUACAAUAGAGAGUGUAAUAAUAUUCAUAUGCAAAAUAAUAUUCAUAUUAGUAUACAGUAUAUAUUUGGAUUUCGGAUGGAGUAGGCACAGUAAUUAAGCCCAACUAAUUGUUUUUAUUUUUGUUCCAAAGCAUGAUUUUGUCCUCAGGGUAAAUGCAUCUUCUUCUGUUUUGCAGCUCUGCUAUGAAAGGCAUGCAGAAUGUGGGAUAGACUGUUCUUUUGGCCGAGAGGAUUGUUUGAGUUCUUUGUGCCAGAUGGAUUGGAUAGAUGAGAUUCACUGGAUAACCCUGUGCCCGUAGAAGGAUAGUGAAGGUUGGUGUUGCAGAGACAAAAGCCAGGUUACAUAAUGUAAAUAUAGGGCCUGUGGUGUUCCUUUCACAGGCUUAGACAACCUGCAAGUAAACUGGUGCACAUGGCUUUCUCCUUGAUCAAAUUGUAAACAGUGCUACCAAACUUAAUGUACCAGAUGCAGAGAAAUGUACUAUUCACUGUAUGUUCUACUGAGUAGUUCCUCUUGACAGGAAGCUGUUACACAUGGCUUGUUUUCUUGAAGCUGAUGCGUUGAGUAACUGUGAGAGGCAGUUUUCAUCUUUGCUUUCUCUAUCCGCUUUUCUCUUUGUACUGUUAGUGUGUGGGUGGAGUGGACAAGGUUGCUUCAGGAAAAAAGUGUGAUUUUCAAUUAAUGCUCAUAGAGGAGAGUGGUGACGAAGGUACAGAGAGAAGAACUGUGAAGACCGCUAACAGUCAGUCAGUCAGGAUUAUUUUCCGCCACUGCAAUCAACAGCCUAUUGAAGAUGCCUCUGGGGAAGGAAUUCAGGAAGAAAGCAGAGGACAUCACAGCAGUGUAUGAUCUGAGAGAGAAGAUAGGAGAGGGAUCAUUCUCCGUGGUGUACGUGGCUCAGCACCGCCGCUCCCUGAAACUUGUAGCAGUCAAGUGUAUCCGCAAGAGGGCGCUAAAGGGCAAAGAAGGCAUGUUGGAGAAUGAGAUAGCAGUGCUACGCAGAAUCAACCAUCCCAACAUUGUGGCAUUGGAGGAGACCUUCGAGACAUCUACAAAGCUUUAUCUGGUUAUGACUCUUGUUACAGGAGGCGAGUUGCUGGACCGUAUUCUGGAGAAGGGGAGUUACACUGAGAGGGAUGCCAGCCGUGUCAUACAACAGGUUCUGGAGGCAGUCCAAUACCUCCACCAGCUGGGCAUCGUGCACAGGGACCUGAAGCCUGAGAACCUACUGUAUCAGACUCCAUCGGAAGAUUCCAAGAUUGUCAUCAGUGACUUUGGCCUGUCCAAGAUGGAGGAGCAGGGGGUGCUCACCACAGCAUGUGGAACCCCUGCGUAUGUGGCACCAGAGCUUCUGCAGCAGAAAUCAUAUGGCAAAGAAGUGGACCUAUGGGCUCUGGGGGUGAUCACCUAUAUACUACUCUGUGGCUACCCUCCGUUUUAUGACGAGAGUGAGUCACAUAUGUACAGGCAGAUCAUAAAGGCUGAAUAUGAGUUUGACUCCCCGUAUUGGGAUGAAAUCUCUAAUUCAGCAAAAGAUUUCAUUCCGCACAUGUUGCAGAAAGAACCAGAGAAGAGGUACAAUUGUGAGCAGGCCUUGAAGCAUCUUUGGAUAUCAGGAGGAGCCGCUCUGGAGAAGAACAUUCAUGGAUCCGUCAGUAAGCAGAUCCAGAAGAACUUUGCUAAGAGCCAGUGGAAGAGGGCAUUCAAUGCCACGAUGGUGGUGCGGCACCUCAGUAAGAAGAAUCUAGUAGUAGAGGAGGAGGCUAAGGAUAAGGCAGAGACCAAGGCUACACUGUAAGGUUGUGACCUUUAAUCCAUGGGUAGAAGAGAAAUUGCCCAGAAGAAUCCUGUGACAGACCAGUCUGAGUGGUCAUUUCUGUUCUCAAGCGUCUCUGUAUGUGAUAAAAAGCAAAUACAGUGUGAAACUUUCUUUCUGCCAGCAGAGAGCACUCUUAAUCAAGCUUAAGUUCUUAUUUUUGUUGUCUGUCAUCUAAACAUUGCUCAGUCUCUGGUUGGGCCCCAUACACUUCAGCAAUAAGACUAAUUUGACUCAUCAAGUGUAAUUGUGUUGAUAAAUCCAUAUAGGCUUAGUAUCUGUUGACCAUGCAUGGAUGUAAACAUGUUUUCUUGAACGUUAUUAAGUCUCUAUAGACCCUUGUAUUCUUCACCAAUAAAAAUGUUAGAAAACA